CUCCUAUUCGACACGAGCACAACAACUACCUAAAGCGUAAGUAUACAGCCGAUCGCUGCGCCGUUAAUGACACCAGAAUAUUCUGAAUGAGGAUAUACCCCGCGGAUUCUAUCUUGGUAAUUUGUAUAUAACUUAAAUGAAUCUCUCUCGUAGAUGGGGCAAGAUUUUCCAAAAUCUCCAUCCCUCAAGAUGUAUUUCAACUGGUCUUUGUCUGUUUUUGGCUUAUUGUAUGCAACCGCUUCAGCAUUGUAAGUUCUGCCUAAUCCGCUAGUGAUAAAAUGCUGAGUUUUAUAUGUAGUCCUAAUCAUGCUCGCCAAACCACGACAUAUGACUAUGUCGUGGUAGGAUCUGGACCCGGAGGAGGCCCAUUGGCCGCAAGACUAGCCAUCGCGGGGUACAAGGUCCUCUUAUUAGAUGCCGGUGAUGAUCAAGGAGCACUCACAGAGUAUCAAGUUCCAGCGUUUUCUGCUCUUUCAUCUGAAGUGGAGGCAAUGAGAUGGGAUUACUUCGUCAAUCACUACAGCAAUGUCACCCAGCAAGAACAAGACUCCAAAAUGACCUACCGGACACCAUCGGGCGACCAAUACGUCGGCUUGACCCCACCAGCAGGAUCGACUCCCUUGGGAAUUUUGUAUCCUCGUGCUGGUACUCUUGGUGGAUGUGGUUCUCACAACGCUUUGAUUACCAUUUAUCCCCACGAUAGUGAUUGGAAAACAAUCGCCAGCGUUACGGGGGAUAAUACUUGGGCACCAGCUGAAAUGCGGAAAUACUUUCAACGACUGGAAAAAUCAGAGUACCUUCCCAACGGAAUCGCAGGCCAUGGAUACAGUGGCUGGUUGUCCGUAGGCAUCACGAACGUGCUCUUUGUUCUCCAAGAUUUCAAACUCCUCUCGCUUAUCAUCGCAACAGCUGCGGCAAUGGGGAAAGGCAUUUUGGGAGGUAUUAUAGGAACAAUUGGCGGAGUUGGGGAGAUUCUACUUCGAGACAUCAACGUUCAAUCACCAGGACGUGAUGCCGCUGAAGGGUUAUAUCAAGUCCCAAUUGCGAUAAAGGAUGGAGUUCGAAAUGGGCCAAGAGAAUUCGUGCUGGAUACUAUAAACGCGGUCAAUGCAGAUGGGUCCAGGAAGUAUCAUCUCGACCUUCAACUUAACACCUUGGUUACCAAAGUCCUUUUUGAUGCAACUGGCUCCAAACCAAAAGCAACAGGAGUAGAAUACCUUGUUGGAAAAAGUCUCUAUCGCGCGGACCCCCGAUCAGGGAGUGCCUCUGAAGGUGUUCCAGGAAGUGCCACUGCAUCUCGCGAGGUCAUCUUGUCAGCUGGGGCUUUCAAUACACCGCAGUUGCUCAAGCUCAGUGGUAUCGGUCCAGCCGCUGAACUCUCCAGCUUCAAUAUCCCCGUUAUUGUUGAUCUUCCUGGUGUUGGAACGAAUAUGCAAGACCGAUACGAGACGAGCGUUAUCGCGAAAGCUGACAGUAACUUUGCCUUGAUAAAAGAUUGCACCUUUCUUCGCACAUCCUCUGAUCCGUGUCUUGAAAAGUGGAAGUCGGGCGCAAAUGGUGGCGAUCGUGGAAUCUAUGGAUCCAAUGGCUUCUCGGUUGGGUUUGUCAAGAAAAGUGCCGUUUCAAGCGGUGAUCCAGAUCUUUUCAGUAUGUAUUUCCCCCUCCCCCCUUGAAUCGCUCUGCCUAGUUACUGAGAAGCGAUAUCAUCUCACCAAUUCUUACCGGGAAAGUAAUGUACUGCGCUAACUUUUCGUACUAGUUGCGGGUGUCCCAGCUAACUUUCCGGGUUACUUUCCGGGCUAUUCGGGACUCUCGACGGGAGAUGCUCAACAUUGGUCCUGGGUGGUUCUCAAAGCGCAUUCUCGCAACGCCGCCGGCACCGUAAAGCUCGCUUCCAGCAACCCCCGCGAUACACCUCUCAUCAAAUUCAACUCCUUUGACAGCGCUAGCGAUGGUGACAAAGACGUUGAGGCUGUCGUAGAAGGCAUGGAGUUUGCCCGAAAGAUCUAUAGCUCUUUGAUCCCUCUGGCAGGAGGGUUUACCGAAGUCACGCCUGGCCUCCAGGUUACUGGUGAGAAACUGAAAGACUUUGUGAGAGAUGAGGCUUGGGGACACCAUGCUAGUUGUACUUGCCCUAUUGGAGCAGAUGGAGAUCCCAUGGCGGUCUUGGACUCAAAGUUCAGGGUUAGAGGGACUGAGGGACUGAGAGUUGUGGAUGCCAGUGUUUUUCCAAAGAUACCCGGGUUUUAUGUUGCGGUUCCAGUGUAUAUGAUUAGCGAGAAGGCCGCGGACGAUAUCAUUAGCGCGGCUGCUUGAAGCUUUUAAUGUGUAAUGAUGAACGAGAUUCAAAAUAGAUUUUAUCCUGAAUG